AUGAGCGAAGCAGCGGGGCCAUCUGAAGCACAGACUGGCCAGGCCAAUAAUGACUCAGCCCAGGCGGGCAGCUGGAAGCAAGCGUCGGCUGACUGGCACGGAAGCUGGUCGGGCAAGUGGCAGGACGGUGCCUGGAAUGGAUAUUGGGGUUCCUAUUCAUGGUACUGGAAGCCAUAUCAAUGGCAGUGGGGUAGUGAUGAUUCAUGGAAUGGCUGGCAGAAGACUGGUCAGAAUGAAUCUGAGAGUGGCGGGUCGAAGACGGGGCCGCCUGAUGAAGAGGCGAGAGAUGCCGCGGCCCGGCGAGCCUCGACAUCGACGAUGGGUGAUGAUGCAGGAGAGACUGCCACGGACUCCUGGAUGGCUUACGAGCGGAGGGCGUCGAUGGAGGACGAGGUUGGGAGCACUGCCAGCCGACUGCCGAAGGUCGGUAAGGACAACAUUCCUGAGUUUGAUGGAAGUACAACGAUGAGGGAGUACCAGCGGAGGGUACGGCUGUUCGAGAUCAGCACCUCGAUUGAUCCUUCGUAUCGCGCUCAGAAGCUCAUGGAAAAGUUGUCUGGCACAGCAUGGCUCGCUACUGAAAGCAUUCCUUUGGAAAGCCUAAAGCAUCCGCAGGGUGUGGAACGAUUGCUGAAGCAUCUGUGGGCGGAGUUGGAACCUUUGGAAUUCCUAAGGGUGUUCUCGACGUUGGCGGAUUUCUACAAAGGAUUUCGCAGAGCCAAGGGCCAAGAGUUCGUCGCGUACGACAUGGCGUUCAGGAUGCAUCUUCAAAGGUUGGAGGAAAUCAAUGCUGGACUUGAAGGGGUCACAAAGGCCUAUUGGUUUCUGGAGAAGGCUGGACUGUCGGCAGAGCUGAGAAAGCAGGUAGUGGCUGCAGCUGGGGGAACAUAUGAUUACCCGAAACUGCCGGCAGCGGUUAUGGCGAUCGUUCCUCAGGUGAGUCGUGAAGAAGAUACGUCUUCGAAUCCGAACCCUCCAAGAAUGUGGAAGCGUGGGAACCCUAAACAGGUACACGCGACGCUGGAAGUGGAGGAGGGCGAGGAGCCGGAAGAGGUCACCGCCGAGGAGGGAUUCCGAACGCCGGAGUCGGCCGAAGCUCGCGAGAAGCGGAUCAAAGACAUGAAGGUGCUGGCCGUGGUCGAGGAAGAUCUAAGCGACUCUGAGUAUGAGCCUGACGAGGAGGGGAUCUUCAUGGCGACCACGUGGGACGGCGAGGGCCAUGAGAACUGGUGCGCCAAUGCCAUGGUUCAGAAGGCUGGCGACAUGGGAGAUAUGAAGUGCAUGGCUCUGAGUGACACAUGCUGCGCUAGGAGUGUUGCUGGGGAAGAGUGGGCUCAACUUCACAUGAAACACUUGCACGCAGCCGGAGCGGAUGCCUUCAUUGUUCCUGAGAAGCGCCCUUUCAGGUUCGGAGCGGGUCCUCGCGUGUGUUCGACAUACAGCAUAGUGAUACCUCUUGCGGUUGAUCAAGCGAAGAUAGUUCCAUGGAUUCGGGUGAGUGUGGUGCCUCAGCAAGUGCCUUUGUUGCUGAGUAAAAGCGCCUUGAAGUCCUUAGGAGCUGUCUUGGACCUUGCUGGAGGGAAACUGGAGUUAGCUGCCUUGGGGACGAGAACAAAACUGGUAGAGACGGCCACCGGUCUCUGUGGGUUUGAGAUAAAUCAGUCUCCUCAAGACAGCCGCGGCGACUUUCCUUCAACCGGAAUACUUCUGCAAGACCAUGAGGUAGAAGUAGACAAUAGACAGGACAGCAAUCGACGGGAUCAGAGCGGAGUGGCCCAUAGACAGAACAGCAAUCGGCAGGAUCAGAGCGGAGUGGCCCACCCAUGUCAUUUAGGUCAAGUGGAUACCGUGGAAGGCGCGCCGCAGUCAUCUUGGGACAAGCGCAGCAAUCCACAGGAUCAGAGCGGAGUGGCCGUCCCGGAAGAGGCUGGACCGGUGAAUCCUGAGAGAUUGGCUUCUGCCUUGAUGAUUCAGAAGGAUUUUUCCUUUCAGGCCUUACAACGGAGGGACAAGAACGGCAUAAGACGUCCUUGGAUUCUUGUGGACACACGUGAAAAGCCCUAUGACCUGGACCCGAAAAUCGAGCAUGCGACCCAACCCUGGAAAGGGGAGAGAUGGUGCCUUUCCUUCUACAUCUCCAGAGGUGUAGAACACAUCGAUGAGAAGGAUCGGGGCAAGAUGGCCUCACUACUUGCUCCGAAGAGGAAGAACGAGUACGCGAGUGCCAUCGCAGCCCGGACCCGAGUCACCGAGGCCGACCUCAUGAAUCGCGAUCUGAAUCGCCUGAAGGCGAUAUGGGAGGUCGUGAAGCCGAAGAAGAGGGUCUCUCUCCUCCCCACAAAUUGGAAGAGAAGGGACCUGGAAGGACUGAGGGAGAUCUACAGCGGGACCGUGGUCCCCGACAUGGAGUAUCCGGACGACAAGCGCUGGAGCAGGUGGGGGAAAGCAAAGCUGAUAUUGGAGAUUUCAACGUGGGAAGAGCAGGUCAAAGAGUCAUCGGACCCGCUGUUGGAUUACAGCGACUUGUUCGAGGAGAAGAGUUCAGAAGGAGUUGAUUGCAAAGAAGAGGCCAAGUACAAUGUGAAUUUGACCAAGGAAGAGAUGAACGAGCUCCUGCUGCGCCGCAAGGGCAAGGGCGAUGGAAAGAAGGAGACCAAGAUCGAAGCCCCCGUCGAGGACGUUCCGUUGGGUUUCAAACGUCGAAAGGAGGAAGUGGCUCAGGUUCAAGCGGUGGCGCAAGAUACCGGGGUUCAGGUCGACUCGCCGACCAUCGAGCGUGUCUCAACCAUGCUUUUCUUGCAUCUCGCUGUCAGCUAUGGGUGGACUAGAGAUUGGUUCGUUGGCGACAUUUCUAAUGCCUUUCUUCAAGGAGCCCCAUUGACUGGUAAAGCCCCCAUGUACAUGAGGCCACCCAAACAAGGGCUGAAAGGCGUGGAGCAGGGCCAACUGCUUAGAUUACUCAAACCGGUGUAUGGACGGCCAGAUGCACCGCGGGCUUGGUAUGAGGAGCUUGCCAGGAUCUUGUGUGAUGAAUUAGGCUUUGAGAAGUCAUUUGUGGACCCGGCGAUGUUCAUGUUGAGAGAUUGUAAGGGCAAGCUCAUUGCGCUGAUGAUUGUUCAUGUUGACGAUGUCAUGGUCUGUUGCGAUGGUAGUGAACAAGCUAGGGAAGUUGUAGGAAGGCUCCACAGGCGAUAUCCUUUUGGCACGUGGCAGAGAGUUUGCGAUCAGCCAUCGGGAAUCAACUACUGUGGUAAGGAAAUCAAGGUUACUGAGAGUAACGGCGAGAAGCAAAUUAUCCUUGCCCAGAACGGAUUCAUCGAUGGUAGAUUGGAGACGAUGGAAGUGAGUGCCGCAAGGCGGGCGCAGUUGGACAGUUGUGCUACUCCCGAGGAGUUGAGUAAUUACCGGUCUAUUGUUGGGUCGCUUCAAUGGGUUGCUACCCAGACUAGACCUGAUAUCGCCUUUGAGGUGAAUCAACUCCAGAAAAGAGUGGCGGACCUUCGGGUCCAUGACUUGUUGAGGGCCAAUAAGGCUGUUCGAGAAGUCGCUCAGCAUCGUUCGCAGCUUGUGUUUUGCAACUUGGGUCCUGACGCUGAGUUGAUCGCAUAUAGCGAUGCUGGACUCUACAGUAGUGUGGGGGUCGAGGAAGCGGAGGACCUGUUGCAGUCGGGCAAGGAGAAACGAUUGGUGUAUUCCCAAAAGGGAAUGGUUAUCUCAGCCAUUGAAGAUGAUGGUUGGCAGCAGCUGACUCCUCUUACUUUGGUCACGGAUUGUAAGUCAAAGAAGACUUUUGACCAGUGUGAAUUUAUCAUGAGGGCGAUUGACCUGACAUGCAA